AUGGUCUCCGCAGGGACAGCAGGGUCCAGCACCAAUGCGUCUUCUCCGGGCACCGUGGCCCUCUUUUCGACCAACAAUCUAACUCAAGGCUUCCGAGCCCUCAAGGAGGCCCUGAUGCGACACCGCCGUUCCCGCCCUUCGUACAGAGUGCCCUAUUGGCAAAGGCGUGUUGCCGUUAUGGAGCGAAUCGACGAGAUCGUCCACAUUGCGAACGAGGACGAUAGGUACGGCGAGCCGCAUAUUUUUGAGGAGCCUGAUGCUGAUGGAAGGUGGGAGCUUCACGUUACUGGGUAUUCUGAGCGUCGCCGGUCUAGUAGACGCGUCGAGGCCCCAAGCCACGUUGAGAAUUCCAGAGCGCCGACGACUUCGUCCCAACAGUACUCACUUUCAGAUGAUCUUGCUGCCAGAAGACCUGAUAACGCCUCCAACGCGGCUGCCGAUGGGGCCCGUGGCUUCGGCCAGGACGAAGCUCGCGAUAUAGCGCGGGCCGAGGACUCGUCUCUUCCAUCAGGGUCCGGUGCUCACUUUUCCGAGUCAUCAACCGAAGCCAGACCAUUCGAUACGCAAAACAACACAGACCGUCACAGUGAUAUGGCCGACAGAAACGAGGAGAAUAAUGAGAACCCACAAUCUUUCAACACCACCGACUCGGACGCUUCCGAAAGCGACAGCAGCGACGACGAGGAUGUGGGCGCGGAAGCAGAAGCAGGCGGCGCGGAAUUGGAAAGAAUCUUCCAGCUGUUCGAGGACGUCCCCACGUGCAUCCAAAAGGCCAGGCAUCUUCCCGCUAUAGACAGUGACGAACAUGGAAUCAUGGCUGUCAGCAACCCAGAAUCAGGGUGGAAUCACAUCGACCGGGCGAAAUUGCCGCCAAGAAUACAGAAAUUUCUGGCGGAGUUUACGCUCCAGGACGCCGCAGCUUUCCCUGACGGUGCCUACCCAGGCCCGGAGCUCAACGGCGACUCUCAUCGCUGGCUACUAGCCACGCCGCGUAAGGAGUUCAUCUGCGACACGUCGACUUUAGACGAGCUUGCGGCAGAUAGCAUACAAAGAGAAAGGCAACUCAUUCGACAAUCGAGGGAAGUCCAGGGCCGCCAGGGCCCUCGGAUCCGUGGAAAUUGCCGGGCUAGUGCCAACCGCCGGCGAGUCAGAGGCCCCAAGUCCCUACCGCAAUGCAGCUGGCAAUUCUGGGGCGAGCCGGAUGACACCAACCGCGGUCCUCAAAUCAUCGUCACUGAGCCGAGCGGAGCUUCCCACUACCUCAUAGACCUCGAAACCUUCUGGCUCAGGGCAAGGCAGCGUCGCGAGUACCGCUCUGGGCAAGCUGUGGGUUACGCCCAGAAGAGCAGGAUAGCGGAUAGGAUGGAGGAAAUAGCCAGCGUCGACAUCCAAGAAAUGGAACUAUACGCCGAAGAUGAGAUCCCCGAGUGCCCUUCGUACACACCAGCUCAUAGCACGAUAUGGUGGCUGAAAUGGGCGAGAAUAUUCCUCGGCCCUGGAGCCCAGCCACGGGGUGUCCUGCCCAUGUAUCACGCACGCUCGUCCUCUGAGGAUUCCGAGAAAGCGAAACUGCUUUGUUAUGACGGCGCUCAGGAGGAAGAGCCACUCGAGGAGAAAGCGGAAACGGCUCCCUCCCUGGGUGUUGUAGGUACUUUGCGGAGACUGGCGUUUUGCUUCUCGAAGUCCUGA